AUGAUUGGUUUUCCAGAAUUCUCUAAACCACUACUCGGUAGUUCGGCUCCAGCUACGUCGCUCAAACAAACCCAAGCUUUGACGCCCUAUCAACAUCUUUCUUGGUACUCCGACCUCUCACUCAAGCAGACAGAUGCUGCUGAUAUGUAUGAGCUGAAUUCGAUUGAUUCGUCGUCGACGCAAAAGCCUCCUCAUCUAUCAGGAUCGAUUGAUAUUGGGGACCCAGAUGCUACGGUUCCACUGGCUAAGGAAAUGAUAUUUCCUGACCCUCGAAGAAUGGGUUCUGUCAAUCUUGGUAUACUGCCUGAAUGGCCUAAUACACAGACAGAUUCGAGAAGCCAUAUUAUUUCCUAUCACAAAGAAAAGCAUUAUUCACAAUCUACUCACGUAAUUAACCUCAUAGAAGAUGAAAAUUGGCUUGGCUUGCUUCACGACCUAUCCUACCUUAUACUUUCACCUUACCCGCCAGGCUUCCAGCUUGCCCGCUUUGUUGGUUGGUUGCCCCAAUUAUUCGGUCUGAUUGGUCUUAUAGUGGUUAUCUAUCGUUUUUUCGUCGGCCAUGCAGGUGAAGAAGCUGCGGCAGCUCUGCGCUUAACGAAUGCAGCUAAUAUUACUAGAUCGCAGAGCAACGCAGCAGAAAUCUUUGUGGAUAGAUUUGCCCACAACCAGAAGAUUUCCAAGUAA